AAAAGCUUCACUUAAGAUCAGUCAAGAGAUCGUGAACAAGAAAGAUGCAAACAAGAGAGGAACUUUCUGGAAAAGAAAACAGUCCCUUGAACAUGGAGAGAGAUAUUGAAAACCAGACCAAGAAUUCCAUGAUGACCCCUGAGUCAGAUGGCUCCCUACAAGUUCCUAUUCCAUGUGCUGUUCUCUCUGUUGUCAUUAUUGUUACUUUGAUUAUAGCAAUAAUUUCCUUGUCAGUGGGCCAAUACAACUGUCCUGGAAAAUAUGUCCGGGAAAAUAUAUCUCCAUUGAUGACAUCGAUGCCCUUAGAUCUUCCUGUUUCCACAUGCCCAGAUUCCUGGAUUGGAUACCAAGGCAAAUGUUACAUCUUUUCCAGCACUACAGGGAGCUGGUCCAGUAGCCAAAAUGCCUGUUCUUCUUAUAAUUCGACUCUUGCCCAGAUUGACUCUGCGGAAGAUCUGAUUUUUCUCAAACGAUAUGCGGGUAAUGUGGAGCACUGGAUUGGACUGAGAAAUAAAACAGGCCAGUCAUGGCAAUGGACAGAUGGCACAGAAUUUAGUGGCUGGUUCAGCUUCAGAGGAUCAGGGAACUGUGUCUCCCUGAGAAAUACUGAGGUCAGCAGUGUCAAAUGCCAGAAGGAGUUACACUGGAUCUGUAGCAAACACACCAAACACUGAAAGCACAUGCUUGUGGAUGUGCCAUGAAAUUCAAUGAAAAAACCAGAUCUUCGCGGAUUUGAUUACUUCACGUAACAAUUUCUCCUUAAAGACAUCCACCUGCUUCAGACCCAGGACAGCUCCUGAGUCAUUUAGAAAGCCCUAGAGGGCUUUCUUUACCGAGUUUCCCUGAUAUUGAUAGAUGUACCUGAGCACACUACGAUGCUUGAUGAGAUGAUUCUCUAAGACAUAGUCAAAGACCGUUCUGCUAUAAAAACCCAGCUGCUUAAGCGGAAAUGUCUUGGGAUAGAGAUGACUCAUUACAAGAAGUGGAGCUAUCAUCACCACCAAAUCAAGAGCCAGAGGAGGAUGACCAUGUAUGAAUAAAUACUUGCUGAAUGCAAUAGAGCAAAUUAAGGAAGAUGAGGAGCCAAAGAUUUAAAAAAUCCAAUAAUUUCAGCUGCAAAUCCCAAGUGCCACCAAAAUGCUAAUGGGAAAACAGAUACAUAUACAUACACAAAAUACCUGGAAAAUUUCUCCUGCAGAGAUAUUUAGCAGCUAUCCUAGGCUCAGAACCCAAGCCUAAAGAAAAUUAAUAGUGGAUGGUUUCUCAGGCAGUAGUAAGAACCCUUUACAGGACCAGGAUGAAUCCAGUUCAUGUUCAAAAUUCUAAGAGAAGAAGAUGAGAUUUUAGUUUGGAAGAUUUCUGUAGUAUUGGAAAGUUUGGAUUAAGUCUAGGAAGUAAUUUUAAAAGGGAAUCUGAUGGAUAAUGGAAGUGGUCUUGAAUCUGGAAAUGAAGGACUAGAUUGUGAAUAUUUUCAAAGUGGUCCUAGUUAUGGAGGAGAUUAACCUCUAAAUUGUUUUCUCUCUUACACCAAAGAUAAAAAUAAGUCAUGUCAUCAUGAACCCAAUUCUUUGAAAGAUGAAUGAAUUCAAUACUUAUUUUCUAUCCAUCUGGUACCCAUGGCGAAAAAACACUCAAAAGACAAGAAGCUUCAGAUAUUAAAUCUUAGAAACUUCAGGAAGAAAAUAAAAACAAAGCCAUGAUCCUUUUUGACUUUUUAGUGCUCUAAAACAGGAGGAACUAGACUGAAGACUGUCUUUCAAAGCUCUUACAUAUUUCGAUUAAAUACAGGGUAUCCUCUCAUCAUUAAUUCCCUAAGAAAGAAAUGGAAUGUCUUGGGGAACUUUGUAAUGAAGAAGAAUAGACUAAUCUUUUUGUGAGCCAGAAAAUCUCAUAUUAAUUAAGCAUCACUCCUAAGGAAGAAGAGUAACUUUAAAAAUAUAUUCCAGAUGCAACUUGGUAGAGCAGUGGAUGCAGUGUUGAGCAUUGUAAUGAAGAAAAGAAUUUAUGUCCUGCUUCAUUAACUAGCUAUGUGAUCCUGGACAAGUCACUUUACUUUUCAGCCUGAGUUUCCUCAUCUGGAAAAUGAAAGAUUUAUAUUAAAAAGCCUAGAAGGUCCCUUUAAAUUUACAAUUUUUUGCACUUUAUGGUUAUGGAAUGUCUUUGUUAAGUAUAAUAUUCUAAAACAGGACAGAGACUGAAUUCAAAAUUAUUUAUUAUUUGAUGAUCACUUAGUAAAAUUGCACAAGGUAAAGGAAUUUCUGUAUAAACAUAGCCUAAAUGUAAAUAUUUAGAGAUGUGGUAAUUAUCAUCCCUUCUCACACCCCUUCCCCCAAAACUAUCUCAUAACAAAGACACUGGGUUCAAAUGCAGUUUGCACCUGACUCCCUAAAUACAUUUUUUAAAAUUUUGUAUUAGUAAAUAUGAUGUUAAGCUUAAGAGUUUUUAUCUCUGUGUCUCUUGUUCUCUGUAUGUUUGUCUGUCUCUUUUUAUCUCUUUCUCUGAGUCUGUCAGUUGACUAAGGGGGCAAAUUGACCUGUAAUGUCAUUUCAAUCUCUAAUUUCUAUAUUUUUGUUAAACAUAGAUGGAUUUAUUUUCUUUACUCCAAUAUUAAAAUUAAUCAGUCAUCUCAUUUAUAUGAAACUUCAAUUUUGCAGAAAAAUCCAUACAAUUCUUGCCUUUAUUAACUAAACUCAUAUUUAUAAUAUUAUGCAGAGUUCAGGAAUAGGAGAGAAAUAUGAAAUCUGCUUAAAAUAGAUAAAAAAUGCUGACAAUGUGCAAUAUAUGGCAUAGCAAUUUCUAAACUUAUUGUUUAAAGCUGAGAAAAAAAAUCAUUUUCUUCAGCUAAUGAUACAUAUGGCCUGCUCAGAUCAAUGCUUCGUUGUGCAAUACUACAUGUGAAUUUUUUUGUAUUUUUUGGUAUGUGUUUCUGAAACUGGGCAGUCAAAUGUCACUAUUAAAUAGAGUUUAAAAAUAAAUGAAAACUACUUCAAAUGAA